CUCUCCCGCCUAUAAAUAAGGUCUUGGUUUGCAUGGACAUUCAUCCCAUCCAUCACUUGCACAGUUGCACGUUGAACAAGAUGGUGUCUAGCAUGGCGUCCAAGAGUCUCAUUGUGUUCGCUCUGCUGCUUGCGGCGGCUUUCCUCAUCGCCACGGCUGAAGAAACUCAGGCUAAGCAGGAAGAGGCCAAGGCUGGCGUGCAAGGCUACCACGGCGGUGGGGGAGGUGGAGGUUACCACGGCGGCGGCGGAGGCGGAGGCGGUGGCUACCACGGCGGCGGCGGCGGUGGAGGCGGUGGCGGCUACCACGGCGGCGGCGGCGGCGGUGGAGGCUACCACGGCGGCGGUGGCGGCAGAGGAGGUGGCGGUGGUUGUCGGUACAACUGUUGCGGUCGCGGGCGUGGUGGCUGCCGCUGCUGCGCGAGCCCCAACGAGAUCCCGGAGCCCAUGUACCGGGCGGAGGUCCACAACUGAGUAACAGACGCUGCUAUGUAUACACGUACGUGCAUAUAUAGCCCUGUACGUGGUGCACGCACGUGGUAAGUAAUCGUAUACGGCCAAUAAAAAGGCGGGUGCAUGUAUGUAUGCAUGUACGUACAUGUACGCGUCGUUGCACAAUAAUCGUGAUCCAACCUCAUUACAUCGAUCAGGACUCUCUGUUCCUGGUAGUGUACGCGCCCUGUAAGACUUUUGUUUCCUGCUUAAUAUACAUGCAGCUCUCGUGCGUGUUAAA